UACUCCCGAUGCGCCAUCACUCCCCCGCGCAUAAAUGUGGCAAGGUCACUUCUUCCCCUCAGCUCCACCUCACCCCACCCACCGAGUCCAUUCCCCGUCGCCCUCACGCUCUUCGUGCUCGCCGCCUCCCUUCGCGUGCUGCCUCAUGGCUUCCAUCGCCGGAUCUGCCGUGUCCUUCGCCAAGCCCGUCAAGGCAAUCAACACGAACUCGCUCUCUUUCUCUGGUGCAAGGAGGGGCAAUGCAUUUCUUCGCUUGCAGCCAGUGCCGAUGAGAUUUGCUGUUUGCUGCUCAGCAAAGCAGGAUACAGUGGAGAAGGUUUGUGAAAUUGUUAAGAAGCAGCUUGCUGUUCCUGAAGGCACUGAAGUUUGCGGUACCACCAAGUUUUCUGACCUUGGAGCUGAUUCACUGGACACGGUCGAGAUUGUGAUGGGCCUUGAGGAGGAGUUCCAGAUCAGCGUGGAGGAGACGAGCGCGCAGGCAAUUGCGACAGUUGAAGAUGCUGCCACGCUCAUUGAC